AUGCAUCCAUUCAGAAAUACGAGUGCCGGAGGACCUAUACGAUGUAACAUGAGAUACAAUACACCUGAUCGUUAUGUUCAUAGUGUGGCUGUAGUAGGUAUUGCUAAAAAUAGUACUGAUGCUGAACAGUUUAUAUUUGUUUUUGCUGCGGAGAAAAUGUUGACAAUGACUCCGUACUUCUGUAUUGGUUAUAUAACAAAAUCAACAUGCAACUCCACAGUUCAAUGUACAGAUAUGGGUACAGGAGGAUUUCAUCAAGAAUAUUUUCUUAUUGCUGUCGAUAAUAAUGGUACUUUUGCUUAUGGCUUUGCGAGUUCAUUUGUAUUUAAAUUAGAUAUUUAUGCUAAUAAUAUUACUAUAAAUGUGACGACGAAUUCUGUUUGGCCAUUAUCAGGCUUUAUUCCGCAUGCUAUCGAUGUAGCUAACACAUGGGCAGUAGUUGCUUGUUAUGGAUACUUGAAUGAUACGAAAAAAAAUUAUGCAGCACUUGGAUGUUUGAUUAAUCUUUCGACCAUAAUAAAUGCAUCUUGUACGAAUUUCACUUCUGAAACGACAUAUUUAGUACCAUCGAAUGUUGUCUCAUAUAAUGAACUUUAUGAAUUAUCAGUUUCUAUCCGUGGUGAGAAAGUUCUUGUUGGACUGCAUCGGCUUUCGACGGUUGUCGUUCUUGAAAAACUAGGAUCAUCAUUAAAUGUUACUCAUAAAUAUACAUUAUCCUAUCCUGAUGCUUCUUCCUUUGGUCGUGUCGUAGACUGGGCAGAUGAUACAACAAUUGCUGUAUUAGUUGUAGAUCCGGAUGCAACAUCUUGGUCGAAAUCACAAGUAUUCUUUUAUGAUGAACAUUCUGUUAUGUUGAGUUCUCCUCUCUUUACAGGGUGGUAA